AUGGUUCUGAGAUUGAAAGAACCAAACCGCUGGAGCGGACCUGGAUCGGCUCCAGUGACGGAUGUGCCUGCCAUAGUUCGUUCCGUCAUCGACGAUAUUCGUACCAGAGGCGAUGACGCCGUGAGAGCUUACUCGGAGAAAUUCGACAAAUGGAGUCCCAGCAGCUUCAAGCUUUCACAAGAUGAGAUACAACAAAUCAUUUCCACUGUGCCUCAGCAGAUCAUCGAUGAUAUCAAGAAGGCCCAAGAGAAUGUGCGCGUCUUUGCUCUGGCUCAGAAAGCAUCGCUCAAGGACUUUGAGCUGGAGAUCCGCCCCGGAGUACAUCUAGGACAGAAGAAUAUCCCCAUCAGCUCUGUUGGCGCCUAUAUUCCCGGCGGUCGAUAUCCUCUUCUAGCAUCGGCGCAUAUGACGAUUCUUACAGCCAAAUGCGCUGGUGUGCCUCAUGUAGUCGCCUGUACGCCGCCGAUCGCCGGAAAGAUCCCCGCGAACACCGUUGCGGCAAUGCACUACGCAGGGGCGGAUGAGAUUUACCUUCUGGGUGGCGUGCAGGCCAUCGCGGCCAUGGCUAUAGGAACAUCAACAAUGAAGAAGGUUGAUUUCAUUGCUGGUCCGGGCAAUGCCUUUGUUGCGGAGGCGAAACGCCAGCUGUUUGGGGUAGAAAUAGGCAUUGAUCUCCCUGCCGGCCCAACAGAGAUUCUAAUUGUGGCCGAUGAGCACGCGGAUCCAUUUGUAGUUGCGACCGACCUCUUAUCGCAAGCCGAGCACGGCAUUGAUUCUCCCGCGGUGCUGAUCACCAAUUCGCAGAGCGUGGGUGAGAAAACGAUCCAGGAAGUUGACCGUCUUCUCAAGAUUCUUCCCACUGCUGACGUUGCUGGGGUGUCCUGGGACCGACUAGGAGAGGUCAUUGUCGUCGAAGACUUGGGUCAAGCCUAUAAGCUCGCGGAUGAAUUCGCGUUUGAGCAUGUUCAGAUUCUGACGCAGAUGCCACGGGAAGCACUGGAGAAGAUGUCCAACUACGGGGCGCUUUUCCUAGGUGAGAAGACGUGCGUUUCAUACGGCGACAAGUGCAUCGGCACCAACCACGUCCUUCCAACUCGUGGGGCGGCACGGUUUACUGGGGGCCUGUGGGUUGGAAAGUACUUGAAGACGGUUACAUAUCAGGAAGUGACGUCGCCCGAGGAGAGUGGCGAGCUGGGGCGUCUCUGUGGCCGGGCAGCUCGUGCAGAAAACUUCGAGGGCCAUGCGCGUUCUGGAGACGUUCGCGCUCAUCAGUAUUUAAAUGACAAGUUCGAGUGGAUAUAA